CCUCAAUCCCCUCGCCGGCGGACCGCUCGCCCAAUCAGUGCAGCUUCACCUCCGAGAGGGCCGGACCUGCACCACCUGACUGCGAGACUUGUCGCUGGACGCGUCUCCAUCCACCAUUUCAGACAUCUCCUCUCAUUUCUUCUCCGACGUUUCUCAGGCUUGAUGUACGACCUAGCCAUCCACUCGUGGAGCGAUUCCGACAACCUUACGGUCGUAUCUACCAACGGUACUCGCAUAGCCUCCUUUCCUCUGGGCUUCAUUCGACGAGGCGGAGAUAACAGCUGGCGCUAUGUCGUCGACAUUGUCGAUCUUCUCAUUGUGCGCCAGGGGGACCAAUGUACCCCUCUAGAAGACCAAUACGGGGUGUCUGUCGAUCUGGACAGUCCUCCCAUGGCUGGCACCUUCAUCUAUCGGCUACCGGACGACAGCGUUAUCUUUUCAAGAGGACCAGAAUACUUCAGUCGAUUCAGACCUCCGAAUCCCGCGGGCAGUGUAUCUACGAGGUCUGACUCUAAACGUUCCAGUGUGAACCAGCUGUUCGGAUUAUUGCAUGAGGAGCCCCCAAUGUUCCUGACCUCGUGUGGACUGCUACUCCGCGACGAUUUGCACCAUGCGUUCGACCGUCAAGUGUGGUCACUGUACUACAAAAUAUCCGACUGGUCCGAUGGCACUACGACCAAUGCGUAA